CGCACGUGCUGCUCGGCGCAUUACAGACCAAGAUGGCAGCCUCCGUGAGUCGGUGUUACGAGUUGAUUGGCAGAAAUGCCUUGUCCCUCUGCUCCCGGUCUCUGGCCUCCUCGGCAUGGAGAGGAGAUGCUUACAGGUUACACAGGAGCCCAGCUGCAGCUGUGCAGGUACGAUAUGCUUCAGGGCGUAAAGGUUUUCUCGGGGAGUUUGUUGACAACCUUCGUCAGGAGUUCAGUAAGAAUCAGGAGAUGAAGGAAAACAUAAAGAAGUUCAGAGAAGAAGCCAAGAGGCUCGAGGAGUCUGAUGCCCUCCAGCAGGCCCGCCGGAAAUAUAAAUCUAUAGAGGCUGAGACAGUGAAGACGUCAGAGGUGUUUAAGAAGACUUUCGGCUCUCUGUCAGACACGGUCAAGGAGGGUCUCGAGGAGGUGAGUCGUACUGAUAUUGGGAAGAAGAUCAAGGAAGGUGUGGAGGAGGCAGCCAAGACGGCCAUGCACUCUGCCGAGUCAGUCACCAAAGGAGGAGAAAAACUGGGCCGGACCAGCGCAUUCAGAGCCAUCUCACAGAGUGUGGAAACCAUGAAGAAGGAGAUCGAUGCUGGUGAUGCCGGACCUUACAGGGCUCCUUCUCAGCUGAGGAAGAGGAGCGAUUUUUCAUCUAAAGGAGCAGACAGUGACACCAGAGUGUUUGAAGCCAAUGAGGAGGAUAUGGGUGUCGUUCUCCACAAGGAUUCAAAGUGGUACCAGCAGUGGAGGGACUUCAAGGACAAUAAUGUAGUUUUUAACAGAUUCUUUGAGAUGAAAAUGAAAUAUGACGAAAGUGACAACACCCUCAUCAGAGCGUCCAGAGCUGUAACUGACAGAGUCACUGGCUUUCUAGGUGGUCUUUUCUCUAAGACAGAGAUGUCUGAAGUGCUGACAGAGAUUGUGAAGGCAGAUCCCAACUUUGACAAAGAUUCUUUUCUCAAACAGUGCGAGAAAGAUAUCAUCCCUAACAUACUAGAAGCUAUGAUCCGUGGAGAGCUGGACGUAUUAAAGGACUGGUGCUAUGAAGCUACAUACAGUCAGCUGGCCCAUCCCAUCCAGCAGGCCAGAGCUCUGGGGCUUCUCUUCCAGUCUAAAAUCCUUGACAUUGACAACAUAGAUCUUGCGAUGGGUAAGAUGAUGGACCAGGGCCCGGUGCUGAUUAUCACCUUCCAGGCUCAAGUCGUCAUGGUGAUCCGCAGCCCCAAAGGAGAUAUUGUGGAGGGAGAUCCGGAGAAGGUGAUGAGGAUGAUGUAUGUUUGGGCGUUGUGUCGUGACCAGGAGGAGCUGAACCCCAAUGCAGCCUGGAGACUCCUGGACAUCUCCGCCUCCAGCACAGAGCAGGUCCUUUAAAAGGAGGAGGAGGAACGCAGGUGAAAGGGUUCAUCUGAGACACACGAACUGAGGAGAAGGGCAGAAGAUACAAAGAUGUUCCUGGAAUACCUGCACAACUUAUGUACAUUACCUUAAGAGAGCAGAGUGAAGCCUUGCUGCUGUGCCAGAGACUGUAUUUGCACACACUCCAUUUCCCCUCAGUACCCGGAGGAUGUAUGUGCAGAUGUACGAAUUCGGCCAACCCCCUGGCACGAAAACAUACACGCCCAUGGAGAUAAACUGUAUAAUCUAUUCACUGAAAUCUGUGCUUCCAGUUAUAUGUGUGUGUAGUCUCUCGCACUGGUUAGUUCAGUGUUCGGAUUAACUGGAGUGUGAACAUAGCACUUAAACAUUAAUCUGGAUGGAGUGGAUGUAACCAACCUUUUCACCAAAUGGCAGGAGCCUGCGUCAUUUCAUCCAGUGGUACAUUCCAUCCAUGCUAUCCAUGAGGCUAGGUUUUUCAAAAGAUUGUGUUAAAGAUGGUAUAAAAUAAGUGAACAUCCUGUCUGUUGGUCUUUUGAGGGAUGUUUUGAAGCUUCAAUUAGGAUUAAUUCUCACCGAUAUCUUUGUCAUAUAGCCACAAAAUCAAAAUGCAGACAGUGACAUGGAGUUUUACACAGGAAGCAUAGCAUAGCGUGAGCAGGAAUAGCAACCUCAGUCCUUCAUCAGUGUUUACACAGGAUGCAUUCAGGCACACGAAAUCCAAUACACUGAAGGUACGCGUGUUAAAAGCAUAAAGAUACAGCACAGUAUAAAGUAGAAGUCUUUUUUCUGUCAGAUGUGCGUGAGACAGACGACUGAAAAAUGCCUCCUGUGCAGACGCCCCAUUAGUAGUGUUCAACAAGCACCGACUAACAUAGCUGGGUAUGAUAGCGUGAGAGAACAUCACAGUUAAAGCAAACUGGCUCUAAAGCUUGCUUCAUUUUAUGCCUUAUUAUCCCCUCAAUGAAACCGUAAUUGCUAAACUCCAAACAAAAGCACAGAUAACAGAAGGUGAAAUAAGCCAUUUAGACUUUUAGUCGACAUUUAAAGAGUUUGUAUAUUUUAUGAUGAUUAGGUAAAUAGAAUUUUAAGAUACGUCAACACUGACUAUUACAUGCAGCUGUGUUGGUGUCUGCUUUGUUCCUGCUGGUUUUCACGUAUCGAAAGCUAAAUAGAUGCAAGACAAGAUCAAGAUUUAAGCAUAAAAUGUAGGAUGUGAUGAUCUGUGUAUUCAGAGUCCGUCCUGUCACAUCUGCUGUUGUGGAAAAAGCCCAGUGUACUGCAACAUCCAAACAAACUGACAACACAAAUCAAUCUAUUUACACUCUGAUCAGUCACAACAUAAAAUCAUCUGAGUAAUAUUGUGGAGGUCCUCCUCAUGCUACCAAAAUAGUUCUGGCCCAUUGGAGCCUGGACACAGGACCUCUGGUGGUUCUGUGGGUUGCACUGUGGGGCAUCUGUGGAUCUGAUUUGUUGCAGUGCAUCCUGCAGAUGUUUGAUUGGGAUCUGGGGCGUUCAGAGAGCAGGUGAACGGCUUUGGCUCUUUGAUAUGUUCUUUAAGCUGUUUUUGCAGUGUGAUGGGGCACACGUGUGCUUGGUCUGUAGCAAUGUGUAGGUGGAUGCUAUGUGUCAUACAACAUCCAAAUGAAGGCGAGGACCAAAGGUUUCCCAGCAGAAAAUUGAAUUGUGACAAGAUGAUCAAUGUUAUUCACUUGACCUAUCAGUGGUUUUAAUGUUGUGACCGAUUGGUGUGGAGCAGUUUUCAAACAAAUCGAAUGCUGUUCAAAGUGCUGUACAAGCCACUACAGUGUACACUUAUGUUUCUUUUUGUAUCUGCAGUACGUUUUGAAAUGGAGCAAGCCUUUAAUUCAGACAUGCAGGAUUGUUCCCCCAAUCCGAAUCAGAGUUGCAUCAACAUAUUAAUAUAAUCAAUCAAUCAAUAAUAUAAGCUUUUAUCUCGUAAAUAUAUCAGAUGUUAAGGAUUACUUUUAUGUGGGACCAUGUUCAGUUAUGAUCAUUAAGGCAGCUUCAUUGUUUAAGGAUCAUUUGUCAUCUCACAUUACACAUUUUUCAGCUGUUUGUCUUACUGAACUGUUUGGUUUACUUGUAUGUAUGUAUGUGGCUUUUCAAGGGGGGAUAUGGUGAAGAUGAAACCUUGAAUGAAUGAGUAUUUUAUUUUGCUGACAGUUGUAUUCUGUGAACAUGUGGGCUUCAACUCACAUCAAUGAAGACUAAACACAUUAUUCGUUGACAUUUUCAUCCAGUCGAACUCCUAAUGAAAGUCUUCAAGCUAAGAUCUACGUGUUGCCUCCAUGUGAAGAAGCUCACAAAUUGUGCAUGUUUUUUUGUUUGUUUUCUUUGAAGCACAACAUAUGCCAAAUUGCCUGGUGAGAUGGUUUGUUACUGAUGAUACUAAAAACUAUGAGUAUCCCUGA